CAACAACAUCCACCACUUCCGGACGCGUCAUUCGUUGGCCCGCAAAGGCUUGGCGCGAAUUUGUAAGCCAGGCACUUAGAAAUUCCACUAGCUAGCCUGUUUGUGGAGUACCUAUUGCCCAAGGCGGUGCGCAAAACGUGCAUGCGCGAUUCGAGCCGUAGGCAACGGAAGGAGCAGCGCCGCUCUGGUGUCUUUCCUACGCAUCCUCUUUCUCAACCACAUCCACCUCUAUCCAGGACCUAGACACGCAUCAUGACGACGCUCAAUGUCAAGUGUGGGCCCAUGCUCAAGUACGACACAUGCGAGCAAGGCGUAUACCACGCCUUUGCCCUGCUCGUCACCAAGGACGAAGGCAGCGACUACUCGUCCAAGCCCACCAUUCAGCUCCGUUGGGGCCCAGCACCCUCAAACAGAGGCGAGGCUGCCACUACGGGCGAGAAUGGAGAAGCCCACGUCACCCCUGAGCAGGCACACAAGCAGGUCGAGUCGAUCGAGCUCUACCACUACAAGGGACAAGGCGGCCCUGCCACAUUUUGGCGUUUCAAGAUCGAAAUUCCCCUGACGGAUACCGAACAGGUUGUGUCGUACAGUGUCGACGGACAGCCCCACGCAGACUCCCAGAGUGUUGCCACAAAGGAGGCAAAGGGCUUCAACUUUUUUGUCCCUUCCAAGACGCAAAACUUUCGCUGGGCCGGCCACAGCUGCAAUGGCUUUUCGGCCGGCUUGGACCCAAAGGAGUGGAACGGUGCGAGUCCGCUCUGGGAUGACUUGCUGUCGCACCACGCAAAGAGCCCCUUCCACGCAGUCGUUGGCGGCGGUGAUCAGAUCUACUGUGACAAGCUCACAAACGAGCCUGAAAUGAAAGAAUGGGUCGAGUGUGCCGACCCAAAGAAGCGGAUGCGCAUGGAGCUCACCGAGUCGGUCAGCGAGUGCAUGGAGCGCUACUUCUUUGAGCACUACUGCGAGUGGUUUGGCGAGGGCAGCUUCGCAAAAACGAUUGCGCAGGUGCCCAUGCUCAACAUGCUUGACGAUCACGAUCUCAUCGAUGGAUUCGGCACCUACCCCGACGACCUCAUGAACGCACCCAUCUUCAAUCACGUUGGCCGCACAGGCUUCAAGUACUACUACCUCUUCCAGCAAUUUAUCAACCCCGACAUUGACGGACUCUCAGACGAACCGGGCAAGCACUCGAACAAGAGCAUCAUCAUUGGAAAGCAAGAUGGCUACGUUCAGUACCCACACAUGAGCUUCCUGUCCUACCUCGGUCCCAAGCAGUACCUGCUCAUGGUCGACUGCCGCGCCGAACGCAAGGUCCACCAGAUCUGCUCCAAAAAGUCUUACGAAAAGAUCUUUGACCGGGUUCGAAAGAUGCCAGAGGGAGUCGAUCAUCUCAUCAUCCUCCUCGGCGUACCGCUGGCCUACCCUCGCAUGGUCUUCCUCGAGCGAACGCUGUCAAGCAGUUUCAACCCUAUUAUUAUGCUCGCCAAAGGUCUCAGCCCCGGCUUCACAAAUAAGUUCAACGGCCAAGUCGAGCUGCUGGACGACCUCAACGACCACUGGUGCGCCGGUCCUCACAAGCACGAGCGCAACUGGCUCGUCGAGCGCAUCCAAGAGCUCGCUCUGGCCAAGCACGUCCGCUGCUCUUUCAUCAGCGGCGACGUCCACGCGUGUGGCGUGGGUGUCUUCUUUGGCUACCACCAGCACGACCCCAAGCUCGACCCCAAGCAUAUGCUCGCUGUCAUCACCUCUGCCAUUGUCAACGCUCCUCCGCCGCCCGCAGUCAUUUCUAUGCUCAACAAGCUGGCAGCGAAAAAGCACCGCAGUCUGUUCAAGAUUGGCACAAAGGAAACGAUGGUUCCGCUCUUUGAAGAAAACCUGACGGGCAAGAAGCAGAAUGACAAGUACAUCAUGGGCGCACGUAACUGGUGCGCAGUGACGUAUGACGAGUCCAGCGGCGAGCUCGAAUUCGACUUGCGCAUCGAAACGGAGAAGGGAAACGGCGCGAGUGGGACCAAGUCCUACCCUGUCCGAGCGCAGCCGCCGCGCUGGCAAAUUGCCAAGGAGCACCACCACUUCCUUCACACGAAGGAAUGGGAAAAGAUCGUGGGAGGCGGAAAGUAAAAGCUGCCCAUCAUAGUAGCGGCACACACACUCCUUUCCGAUGAUUGUUCUCUAAUGCCGUCGAUGCGAUACCCUAUGCUCUCAACCAAGCUGUUGUUCUGUCUGUCUGCCUCAUAGCUCUGUUGUGUUGUAUGCGUCUUCUAUUACUUGCUCUAGAAAUGAAAUUGUCUACUU